AUGAGAUCCAGCCUCGUGAAAGGCGAAGCAGACAUUCGGAAAGCCAUGAUAGGAUGCCUUUUGAUUUACGAUUUCGAAAGACUACAUGGAAAUCAAAGACUUGCCCUAUUUCACGUCAUGGGUGCGUACAAAAUGCUUCAAGGUUGGGUGGAAAACAACCCCGACGCGAGAUUGCAAAAUGGAGCUGUCUGCCGAGGAGGGACCCUUGUGAUCGAAGAGGGAAUUGUCCUUGCUUUCAUACGCAUACAUCUCCAGGCCCUUUCGGUUUUACCUACUCGGAUGACAGAUUCAAGACUAGCGGAUACACUUGGAAUCAAGUCUUUUCCUCCAUGCCUGACCGUAUGGAAUAUUUCGCACAGGCAAUUCGCCAUAUUGUCUAUCUCCUACGUAGAGUCGCCCAGUAUCGAUGCUUGGCAACCGAGGUAAUCAUUACUAAUACCAGUUCUGACGAAAACGAUGAGAGCAUGGCGGAAAUCUUUCUGGAAAACCCGUCUUCGGAUUAUGUUGCGUGUAUCUCUACAUUAUGCAUUCCAUACGCUUGCACACCAACCCCUCCAGACCUUGAAAAGUUAUAUAUACGUAAUAUCGAGGACUGGAACCGCAUGUGGGAAGCUUCAAAGUAUCUCUUUGAGACCGAAGAACCCGCAAAUACGCCUGCGGCCCAGCUUCUCCAUUUAGGAUUAUUACAGUCUAGAAUCAGCCUUGAUUCGACCGUUUUCACCACCGAAGUGCAAGUUUGA